AUGAUACCGACUAGAUUCACGCAAAUGAAUGUUGGAGAUAUGUUUAUUGUUAGAAAUGCAGGGAACAUCAUUCCACACUCUCAACACUUUUUGGACGAAAUCACCAUGAACGAACCAGCGGCCUUGGAGUUAGGAUGUGUAGUGAAUGACAUAAGGCACAUUGUCGUUUGUGGACAUAGUGACUGUAAGGCGAUCAAUCUAUUGCAUAAACUCCAAGACAGGGAUUUUUCAUCUCAGGACAACAGACGAAAGUCGCCGUUGCGCGCUUGGUUAUGCGCACACGCACUCUCGAGCUUAGAAAAAUUCCAACAGCUGUCAGUGACAAACUACAGCAUGCCGCUCCUGUUCCAAGCCGAAACGCCCAUGAGAAAAUUCGUAGCCUACAUUGAUCCAGACAAUCAGUUUAACAUUGAAGACAAGCUAUCACAAAUAAACACGUUACAGCAACUACAGAAUAUAGCGAGUUACGGAUUUCUGAAGAGGCGGCUCGAACAGCAUCAACUUCAUAUCCACGCCCUAUGGUUUGACAUUUAUACUGGAGAUAUUUAUUAUUUUAGUAGGGCAGCUAAGCGAUUUGUUAUUAUAGAUGAAAAUAAUUUAGAAAGGUUGAUGGAAGAGGUAAUAAGAUAUUAUUCUUAACUAGCUGCAUACAAAAAAGACGGAAUAAAUCAAACUUGCAUUGCUACGCUGUCGAACUGGUUUCUUAAGAGUUUUGACCAGUUGUUGAGGCAUACAGUAUGUUACUGUCAAAACACGGAUAAUUGCAAGUUUAAAUUAUGUCAAUGGCAACACUGCAGAGUCAUACUUAUUAAAGCAGGAGAGCUUAGCCAUUUUUGCCAUUUGAACUUAAUAUGAAAGUAUUUUGGUUAUUAUUUAAAUUUUAACUUUUCCUCGAAUUUAUGUAGUCGGUUAUUUGAUGCUACUGUAAAAAUGUUGAUCCAACAUAUUAAGCAUCUACUAAUUAAAUUAAUGUUUUAUGUACCUCAAAUAACGCCAGAGUGACACGGGAGGUAGAUUGGUUUCAGAUCAUUCAGAUGAAAUCAGCAUAACCUUAGUAAAAGUUGUCUAGUUUUCGAGGUAUUGCUACUUUUAGGUUUUUUUCAAAAAAUCACUACUUUUUGCCCCUUUUUAAGGUUUUUUUUCCUGGGCUACCAUUAAUAGUUGGUUGAGAUAACCAAGUAUUCAUUUCAUUGAGAAAUAGCACACUAUGCUAAAAAAAAUAUUACAUUUUGUUCAAUGUGAAAACCUUUACCAAAGUUUGACUAAUUACUGUGGAAAAAAAAUUUACCAGACUAAAUAAGCAAAUUGUCUUAAAAACUAGCCUAUUAAAAAUAGGAUAACAUUUGUAGGUCCUUUUUACUGAAAAAUGAAUAACCCCCAGUUUUGCCAUUGAAGUCGUAAUACUUCCUAAAUACUACAAAUAAAAAAUAAUAAGUGCAGUCUUUUGUUUCCAGAUCACUAAGGAAUGAAACGAUCUAAACAGCGAAAGAGCUAAAUAACACGUGUGUAGCACUAAACACAAGGAGCAAAACUAAAUUAACCCUGCGCGUGCGGGAAGCAGGUACCACCUCUGUUCCUCGAUGUGACAUAAUGCUACGAACAAUGAAUGCGAGAGCGAGAUAGUCAAUGUUUAGUUCGUUACAUUCCUCAGUGAUUUGGAUAUAAAGACGGCUGCACUUAUUUUUUAUUUGCAGUAUUUCGCAAGUAUGACGACUUCAAUGACAAAACUUGGAAUUAUUCAAUUUUUAGUAGAAAGAUCCUACAAAUGUUAUACUAUUUUUAAUAGGCUAGCUUUCAAGAUAAUUUGCUGAUUCAGUCUGGUAUUUUUUUCACAGUAAUUAGUUAAACUUCAGUAAAGGUUUUCACAUUGAAACAAAAUGUAAUAACUUUUUUUUUGCAUACCGUGCAAGUUUUGAAUGAAAUGAAUACUCAGCCAACUACAUGUUAAUGGUAGACCAAGGAAAAAAAGCAUAAGUUAGAUGUUCUUUAUAGCUAUAACAGGCAAAAAAGGAGCAAAAAAACUAGUGAUUUUUUGAAAAAACUUAAAAGUGGCAAUAUCUCGAAAACUAGAAAACUUUUACUAAGGUCAUGUUGACUUUAUCUAAUUGAUCUGAAGCCAAUCUAUCUCCCAAGUCACUCUGGCGUGUUAUUUCUGGGACACCCUGUAUAGCUGAUGAAAAACUUCAUCAAAUUCGUAUUCAGAAAUACGGACACUAUAUUUUAAUUAUACUCUUUAGGCAUUCCAUUAAAACAAGGUUGAUAAUAUAAUUUGAUAAAUACAUUGUAUUUUUGUAAAAAAGAA